AUGCCCAAUCGAGAUCCUCAGGCAUCCGAGACUGCCGGAACAAACGACACACCGACUGAUUACACAAGAUGUAGUGAUGAGAAUUGCGGAGAUGAAGAUGUUGAGGAGUCUGAGGACAUGAUGCGAUCAGAAAGUAUCGAAGAAGGUGAUACCCCCAAAAUAGACUCAGAUAUGUCUGGAGCUUUGGAGCAGGACGUUCCUUAUCUUGAAGACUUGGGAGUAGGAGCUUCUGGCCCGCCAGCAGAAGCGGGAACGGUCCCGAGAAGCAGGCUCGAUGUGGGAACGGAUGGAAGGCGGCAGGCACUACGGCCGCACAUUUUAGAAAGUUAA